UCCGUCGCAAAAUGUUCAUCGUGACCGAGUACUUUGUUGAUCAAGAAAAGUAUUCUUACUUAAUUAUAUUGCAUACGAACAUAGCAAUUUGCAUAGGAAUGUUUGCAAUGGUAGCAACGGGAACGCUACUUCUGGUGUUUCUUAAACAUGCCUGUGGAAUGUUUAGUAUCGCCAGUUAUCGCAUAGAACGAGCAAUUACAAACAAUAAGCGAGAAAAUGUUAAUCUAAAAGACCAGAAUGUGAUUUUUAAGAGGAUGAUCUAUGCGGUAGACAUUCAUCGUAAAGCUAUGAAAUACUCCAGUUUUCUAAUAUCCAGUUUUGAGAGGACUUUCUUUCUUCUCAUUGCGUUAGGCGUCGUUAGCUUGAGUCUUAAUCUUUUUCGAGUCGUUCAGCUUGCAUCAUCCGGAGGCAAUAAAGAGGAACUUUUAUUUCGUUUCAUAUAUGUAAUUCUCUUUCUUAUAUAUAUGUUUUUCUCCAACGAAAUCGGACAGGAAAUUACAGAUCACAAUGAUCAAGUAUAUUUAACUGCAUACAGAGUGAUGUGGUAUGCAGCGCCCUUACAUGUGCAGAAACUAAUAUUGUUUCUGAUACAAAGAGGUAACAAAACUUUCGGGUUGCAUGUGGGUGGAUUAUUUACCUCAUCUUUACAGUGUUUUGCAACGUUGGCGAGUACAUCGGUAUCUUAUUUUACCGUAAUGUAUUCGACGCAACAGUGACGUAAAUACAUCAUUUAAUAGUACAUCGGAAUAUAGUAAGUGAGUAUGACAAGUUCUACUCGUUAUAUUCUUAUUGGAAACUUUUAAUUCAUUCUGUAUAUUAUCCUUUUUAUAGCUCUUUUUAGUCGGUAGCAUAUAAUUUAUCAGGCAAUCAGGUUAUUAGAGGUUUAUACUUUACCACUUACUCCAUAGUUGAUACGUCGAACUUAAGAUAAAUGCGACUAAUGUUUUCGCCAACGACCAAACGUGUUGCACGAGUGCUAGCACUGGAAUGAAGUAUUCGAGUGAUGAAAAGAGCGAUUACGCUUGCGUGAACUUUGACAAGUCGUCUCACGAGUAUUAUUAAUAUUUUGUGAGAAAUUAACAUAUGUAUGUUACAUUUCUUGUGUUACAUUGAUAAUUAAUAUUUUUUCUGUUGCAAGGAGGUUAAAACUCUCAGCCUGUCUGUAAAUAGACUAUAUACAGCAUCCCUGUAUUUCACCUCGGCAAAAAAUAUCAUGCAUUAGAAUAUAUUCAACGUAGCAUAUUUCGAGCAGGCAACACGACAGAAGACAUCUUUCAUUGUAGUUAGCGUGUGCAUCGGUAUCAUACUUUACCAUUAUGUAUUCCACGCAGCAGUCUCGUAAACAUCCAUCAUUCAGUAGUAUAUUAGGAUACAGUAGAUGAACGUAAAAAAAUAUCUCAGUUCAUUCGCUUGGCAGUAACUGUUGAAUAAAUUUAUGCAAGUUACAUUUCAGUUUCGUUGCCAAAUCAGUGACGUUACCUACACAUUAACUAUCUACCUAUCAACUAUUUUUGUGUAUUUUUAGUAUUCAAUCUUGUAUAAAUAAUGUAACAAUUGCUCUAUUAUUUAUUGAUUUUGUUUAUUUCUCAAUUUCAGUUUAAUUAAGACGAAUAUUUACGAUCUUCGUAAAAUUAAUAAUUUUAGAUGCCGAGAAGAGACUACUUAAUGUUCGUGUAUUUAGAUGCAUUGUACAAUACAUUUAAGAAGUACAACCGACGUAACAUCUGAUGCGCUUCGAAUCAUUUUUAGGUAUUUAAAGACGUUGACCUUAAUGAGAUGAAGACAAACGUAGAGACGAUGGGGUUAUUGGAAAAUAAUUUUACUUGGAACAACGUGCGGCACCAAGUGAAAAGUGUAAUAAGUAAGCAACGUGCUUAGAUGAUUUGUCUUAAGGAAUGUGUAUAAUUGUCGUAGCUAUGUUUAUUGAUUGUCCGGUAUUUUAUGAAAUCUUUGGUUUCAUGCCGAUGCGGCGUCACAUUGCAUAAAUUUGCGUAUCUGCUCUCAUUAUGUUGCGCACGACGCAGAUCGUGAGAUAUGCUUCGAGAUGGCGCUGAUUCGAUUAUACUUUAUCGGCAAAUAAUUUUAUUCGGAGGAAUGGGAUAUAGGUGAGACACCGCGCGUGGCUAGUAAUUGGUGAGCAUUUAAUACAAUC